UCAGCAGGGCACGUCGUUCGUCUUUAAUCUGGAUUGUAACGUGGCAGAAUUGAUUGACUAAAAAACUGAAAACUCGUAUACAGGGAGAGGAUUUGUUAAUGACUGGACAGUUUUUCAUCGUGGCAUUUAGGAACUAACUUUGAUAAUUGAAAUUUCGUUAUACGUAUCAGGACGAGUGAAAAUAUAGCAGACACAGCCUUUAAUCACCUCACAAAGCAUUGCUCUGUGCGACUAUCAACUUGAUAUUGCUAUAUUCAUACCUUCAAAGUGCACUUUAGAGACUCUCUGCAGUGAUCAUAGGUUAGGAUUUCAGUAGAGGGAUUUUCAUCGGAACAGUCUUUGUUUCUACGCACUAGAUGUCACAGAGAAAAAAACUGCCAUUUAAAACGUUGGUCAUUAAUUGAAAAUAAUAAAAAAAAAAGGCGACGAAAAACAGCAGCAUUUCAGUACAGACGCGGACAGCAAACUUGGUUGCUGAAUUUAGGCGGACGGAACUCGACUUGUUCUGGUCGUUAAUCAAAAUCUACUGUCCUGCAACACAACUACAAGAGGAACGAAACAAAUACGUACAACCUGUGAUAUAGUGCAGGUGAUUGAGGUGUAACUAAGUGCGGUGACUGGCAACGCCUAAGUAAAAUCCUUAGCUCGUAAGGAAAGAUCGCAGUGCAGUUUGAAAAAUUGGUAUAUCUUUACAUUUUUACGAAAAAAGAGAGCACUUGAAGAAAAUCAGAGAGCGGCAAUAACUAUUGCAAAUUCUUUGUGAAGAUAUUUGAUUGUAAAAGGCUGUGCUCAACUCUAUUAACGUCCAAUAAUGACGACAGUGGCCACAGUAUUAGCUCCCGGUCAUUUCUACCCUACCAGAAAAGGUGCUGACCAUUUGUCUCCAACCUACCAGUCCAGCGUCCUCCAUACACCACUGAAUACAAGACGUAUAACGGCGUGCGACAAAAAUUUUGAACGCCAUCGAUCAACAUCAGUAUGGGAGCCCAAUACCCCUAUGGGUAUGGGCCGAGAGUACGGCGGCAUGGGGCGCGUUAGUCUUCCAGAUGAACACAGGCCCAAGUGUGAACCUCCCCCACUCGUACAGAAGGGACAUCAGCACUUUGGCUCGGGGAUACACCCAUUUCCAAGAGGUCUUCCAAUUGAACAGUUUUAUGACCUGACUAAGAUUAAGAAGAGCAAUGUCAGGUUGAAUGAUCAGCUGGUGCCAAAUCCAGAGCACAUCAACAUUGCCCCACUCAUGGUAGACAAGCCAUUCCCUGCCGAGCAUCCAUAUACCUCCCACAUGUCACGCCAUGCUGUAUUUCCCAAAUUUGAUUCCCCAGAGGACAGAACCAGAGGCAUAUCAGCCAGAAACAGACAACCAAUACAUGCUGAGAUGCCUGCCACCCCUUAUGAUGUCAUAAUUGUGCAUAAAACUAAAGGCACUGGUGACCGGCAUGAGAUCCAGGCUCUGCCUCCAGAGGGGUUGAAGAGAGGGCUGACCUGGCAUGGAGAAAAUGACUUCUACCAGGAGCCUAAAGUCCAUGGACACAAACCGCCAUAUUAUCCAAUUCCUCCUAAAGUGGUGGUACCAAACUUAAAGCAGCGUUCCCCAGAGCAGACGCUCUCCCCCGCCACGGCUAAUGCACUGCGUAAUGUGGAGCGUGAGCAAUGGCAGACCACCUACCAGCAGAAUCACACUGGCCUAGGUCCUACCAACCCUAUGAACUUGGACAACAUGGGUGAGAAAAUAGAGGGAUACAAUAGCACUGGGUAUAUAGACGAUGAUCUGAAACCUCGUUCGAUCCGUACUUUCGAUCCUCCUCGUCCUUUUGAAGGUCGCCUAGCCAGAUCCUUUACUGCCAAACCUAAGCCACAGGCGCCUAUGGCUCCAAGCCAGUCUAACUAUAAAAGGAAACCAACAUUGACCGAGAGAGAAGAAGACCGGUUGCUCUACGGUAAAGAAUAUGUGAAUUUGCCUGAACGCAAAUACCAAGAUACAACAGGCAAACUCAAACAUGAGGAUGCACAGUGGAAACUGAUGAAUGACACUUUCCACCCAGACCCUCAGCUACAGACUUUGGAAGAUGCUCAAGGUAAACAAGAAGCAGUUGAACUACCAUAUCACCCAACAGGAGCUCCCCCCAAGGAAAAACCUGGUUCCUACUUAGACUCUCUGCGAAAGAAACAGCACGAUGAGCACCAACAGGUGGAGGCACAGAAUCGCUGGAAGCUUUUAGAAUCUAUGAAGCCAGAACACGACAUAACUCAGCUCAAUCACAAAUUGGAAAAGGCAGAUACUACAGACCACCCUCCAGUCUUCUACAAACAUGAGGGGAAAUUCAAUGCAGAGAGGGCAGGCCUGUACAAGACAAGCUACAAGCCAGAGAUCCUCGAGUACCAGAUGAAUAAAGAGGAGCUGAGUGGACCAGAGCUUCUUGAUACCAGGGAGUCCCACAAGGGGGCACUGCAUCUGACAACCCCCUUGAAUGGAGAAAUGGAUGUAAUUUUACAAAAAUCGCGGACCCAGGUGACAAAGGUUCCUAUGUUUAGUGAUCGCCCUGAUGCAAGAGAUGUCAUAGAACCCUAUCAAUACAACGUGGAGGUACAAAGACGCUACCUUCACCCAAAUCAGAAUACUGCCGAUGUCAAGGUACAGGAGAAUGGCAUCAUAAACAGAGAAAGUGAAACAGGCACACAGUACAACACCCACAAAUUUCUGGAGGAACACGAAAUCCCCCCUUUUGCACGUAAUGAACCAUUCCAAGUGAUGUCCAAGGAAAAUAAAAAACUGAGUAAUGUGAAACCAUACACUUAUCCAAAAUCUCCAGGUAAAAGUGUCCAGUUUUCUGAUAAUGUGAUGGUUGCUUCAGGAGCUGGUGCAGAGCCUUUGAAACUCAGCAGUGCACGUCUGUCACCAACUGGUGAAUUCACUAUGACAACAGAGGAGGAUCAGUAUCCGUGGCAACCAGCCAGGCCAACAUCAUCCAAUCCCACUCAGUAUUCCAGUGCCCAUGCUCAGUAUUCACCAAGUAAUGAUACAAACAAGACACAAAUGAAGCAGCCUGAUAGUACACCAGCAAUGUUUGACACUAGUUUCACAAGUAACCAACCCUUUUUUGAAGCAGCAUGGGAAUCAGAGACGGGGGCGAAACAUGGAAUGUCUAAAAAAUCUCGAGACCCAGUUCAAGUCCAAGACCAAUUUGCGUCAUUGUCAACAAAUGUAGCACCUGCUGGAAUUCAGAACACCUUUGCCUACAAAACUUCAUAUGAAAACCAAUUCCCUGUGUACAGUGACUUGAGUUAUAAGAAAGAUAAAAUGUUUGAUUGGAAAUAUAGUUCCAAGCUACCUAGGCAACAAACCAAACUUUUAAAGAUUCAGGACAGUUUUUCCAAAACAGAGGCCAUGAGGAAAUUUUAUAAUAAGUUCCAGGAAAACAAUCCUGAUCUUAGAGAAAAUAUAUAUCGUGGUAAGACCCAUGAAUUUGGAGGGAUGAAUGGCCAGCUCAUACAUGGUUAAUCAAAUCAUGUUUCUGUUCAUUUUAAGAUUUGUUUACAAUAUAUGACUGGACUUAACAAGUAUACCAGAUUGAAAAUAAUGUUCUUUUUAGGAAGAAUGAGAAAAAAGAAUCAGUAAACAUGUAACAGGGUAUACAUUAAGGCAUUUUUAGGUCUCAAAUUUGCUCAUUAAGUGGAGGAAAAUAUGCAGUGAUAGCCAAAAUCGAAACAAAAUGUUUGCUCAAUUCAAAAACCUGUGAUGUAUUAUAGUAUAGGUCUGUAGACAACAGCUGAAUGCUAUACACUUAAAACUCAGUAUUUGAUAUGCUCAAACUGGAUUAGACAGAUCUGAUGGGCAAAGGUAGUAAACAUCAAGGUUUUUAUUUAUAGACAGUACCUCAUGAUCAGUAAUCUGGUAGGAGCUUGCCAUUUAGGUUGAGAUGGGCAAAUAGAAUGAAGAAUAAAUGUAGAAUGAAUUAUGUGAGGUAAAUCUUGGUACUGUAUAGAAGAAGAUAGAUCUACUGUUUAAACAAACCAAGAAAAAAGCCAUGACAAAGAUAUUGCUCAACACAGCAUGCUCAUUGGUCAAUUGAAGGAAAAGGUUGUGAUAUUUGUAAGAGUACAGCUCAUUGAGCAAUAAGAUACAGUAAAGGGAGCUUGAAUAAGACCCAAAAAUUGCAGAUGUGAAUCUGUCUAGAAAUGCUAACAAGUUUGCUAUAUUUCUGACAUUUUAUGCGAGAAUACAAAAACUGUCAUUUUCUCAGCUUGGAGCAGUAGUCAUAAAAGCUCAGGACAAUCAAAAUUGCUGUCACUGAAUAAUGAGCAAUACUGCACAGUAAAGUGAGAUUGUGAAUUUGACAUUUUGAUCUGCAACAUCACCAGAAACUACACAGAUAUUCUUUAUAUAUAUAUAAAGCUGUUUACUGUCUUUGCAAUUAUUGAUGAAAAAUCAAAUGUGUUAAGUAGUGCAUUUUUGAAAGAAAUACAUCAAAAGCUCAUUUAAUGUGAUCCAGUAUUCACAAUAUAUAUAAACCUGUAACUUUGUACAUAGAAUAUUUUUUGGAAAAUGUUGUCUUGCCAUUGUUUAUAAUGGAUAACUUUUUUUUUCCUUUGUGAGCCACAUUUAUAUUUCACAUGAAAUGUUCACUUUAUGUCUUGUUAAAGCAGCUGCAGUGUGUCAUAACUGGAGAGAAAAUUGUGGUAUAAAUGAUACAACACACAACAGUAUAAGCCCAUUACACAAUAUUAAUUGCAGCUUAUGGAAGAAAUUUUGUCACCUUUUAAAUUUGUCAACAAAUUCACUUUCAAUUGCAUCAUUUACACUUUUGCCUUAUAAGAUUAUCUUUAUUAUCACAAGAAGUUAAAAUCAAUUAUCACCAGAGUACUUAAAAUGUGUAAUUUACGCCCAGUUGUUGUAUUAUAAUAUCUAUCAGCAUUUCAUACUCCACUUUUGACAUGCUGUUUUAUUGAUUGGGUUGUAAAAAAUAUAGUAGCCUAAAAAGCGAAAAUCAUUGCUAUCUCCUCAAUCUGUAGGAUGUUUACGCCAGUGGGAAAAUCGUUAAUUCUCUAAUGCAAUCAUUUCAUUUGCUUCAUCUGUGACAUAAACUUAUGAAAUAUUUAUCUUUUCAUUUAUCUUCUAAUCUGGAUGUGUACUCUAUCAAAUUUGCUUCACUUGGACAAAUUCAUUGCAGUGUAGUUAUGAUUCAAUUAUCUACUUUGUGAUGUUAUUUAUGACGGCCAUCUGUUGUUGUUUUGUUCCAUUUCUCUCCUUAUACCAAUAUUUCAUACUUAUUAUAUUGGAUGAGUGAAUAAAGAUUUUAAUUU